GAGUGACACAGUGGGCCUAUAUAAUAUGACAGUGAAACUGAGCACUUACACUGAGACACACUAAGGUUAAAAUUUGGCUUUGUUAUUGUGUUCACUGUGGUUUCUCACCAUGUCUGGAUUCUCUCCUGAAAAGCUUGCAGAUGAAAACGUUCAGCGCAUUUGUGACCAGGCAAAGGCUGAAGUCGAGAAGACAACCUCGAAGACUUAUGAAGAAUUCACAGCUGUUAAAUACAAGGAGCAGAGUGGAGCUGGACAAACCUUCAUCAUCAAGGUUCGUGUAGACAACUGGAUUCAUCUGAGUGUCUACAAAAACCCCAGUGGAAAGAUCAUGCUGAAUGGUGUGCAACAGGACAAGAACAAGCCCGAUUCCAUCGAACCUUUCUAAUGUGAUCACACAGCCUUUGCAAACAAAUGAUUUUGUCAUGUCAUUUAAAUGAGUUCUGUUCUCAUAAACCAAUGACUUAAUAAACUCUACAGUAUCUGCUUCA